AUGUCUCUUGAUCUAAUUGGCGUUUUGAUCCUCAUUGUUUGUAUAAUUUGGUUGAUUCGUCAAGACGGAGCAUCCAUCGAACAAGUCAUCAACCACACAACAUCAUCCGUCUUCACCACAUUGAAGAACAAAAAGAAUUCAAAAGACUUUAAAACAACAGAUUCAAUAUUGUUGGAAUCCUCUUCUUCUUCUUCUCCGCAAGAUCUAAAAAGACCACGUACUUGUCUGUUGCAAUGUCACGACCAGACAGCCAUUCCGAAAGAACAUGUGUUUUAUGCCGAGUUGAAUGUCGAACCUUUUUUAGAUACAAAUGGUAAUGUGUGGAUUAGGACAUCUGUGGAAAGUAAAGAACAACCAACAGUAUCAACCACAACAGAAGAGAGAGUGAGAAAGGAUGAGGAGGCUUCAUGCAGUGAUGUGUUUUUAGUUCUAAAAAAGGAAAUUAUAGACAGUGUCAGACCUGUUAUUCCUUGUCCUUAUUUUGAUAUCAACAUUUCAUAUUAUGAUGAUGAAUGGAAACAUCAGUUGCUGGUCGUGAAUGAUCAUGGCGUUGAGAAGAUGUUUCGAACAAUCCUUCAACGUCAACGGCAUGAACUAUCAAGUCCCUCUCAUCUACGAAAAAUUUCACAACUACCACACGAAACAACGAAUCAGUUUGAUGAAGUUAUUGUUCACCGAUGCGAAAUCAUAGUCCAUAUUUUACCUUUACAUGAUUCCCGACCUUUCCUAAAUAUGGGAAAAAGAUAUAUGGAGAGUGGCAACUAUGAAAAGGCCAUUUUCUGUUUCACAAAAGCUAUCGAAAGAGACUUGAAAGAAGCUCAUCUCUACAGAGGGGAGUGUUACAUUGAUUCUAAAGAAAAAGAACUUGAAGGAAAUAUUUUAGAAGAUUUUACAAUAUUUAUUGAAUCAUGCUGUGAAAACUCGUCACAUGCUCAAUAUUUGGGAUAUUUGGUGAGAGGAAGUUUUCAUCACGAUAUGGGAAAUUAUCAUGCUGCUCUUGAAGACUUGAUCCAAGUCAUGAAUCAUGUCACCUAUUCCACAUGGGCUCAUUUACUCCUUGCUUUGUUAUUUAAGGAUAUGAGGCAGUAUGAAAAAUCCAUUCAAGAAAUUAGUUGUGUGAAUUGUCAGUUAGAUCCUGCUGUUGAAUUGAAGUCAUCUCUCGAAACGAAAGAUCAAGAGAAGAAUGAUGACACGACCACCAAAUGUUCUUCCAAUGCAGAAAGGCAGAAUUUUGAAACUCACCAUCAUGAAAAAUGUUCAGCCAGUAGCAGUGAAACAUUCCCAAAAGACACCUCUCGAAAAUCAUCAAAUUCACAUCGACCAUGUUAUCUUUCACAUGAUUUAUUUGUAUUUCCUUCUGUCAUUACCAAACUUGUGAGACGAGAUGGUGAGUUGGGAUUUGUAUUUUCCAAACUUUUAGCCAAAAGCAAACGAUUCGAUCAUCACCAAGCAACUUUUUCGUAUGUGAACCAAGAACAACCCAUAAAUGUAAAUUAA